UAAAUCCCUCCCCCCGCCUCAGCGCGUCAGAGGCGGGCUAACCAGCCACGAUGGCGGACGCCAAUGCGGCAGUGCUGCUGGUGACGGUGUCGCUGGUUCUGCUGGGGCUGCUGGCCGGGCUCAGCCUGUCCUGGGCGCUGCUGCCGGUGGCCGUGGUCGCCUUCAUCUUCGUGCUGGCGCGGAGCCUGAAGGCGCGCGACGAGUCGGCGCUGCUGAACGCGUGCGUGCUCGUGCUGGGAGACCUGGGGCGCAGUCCGCGCAUGCAGUACCACGCGCUGUCCCUCAGCAGGCACGGAUACAACGUCACGCUGGUCGGGUUCCUCGGUACCAAACCUCAUCAAGAUGUUCUUGAAGACGACCGAAUAGACAUCAUUCCUAUUUCAGAACUUAAGGGCAUUCAAGUGGGACCGAAAAUCUUUCGCUAUGCCUCCAAGGUGGUCUUCCAGUCUAUCCAGCUUCUUUACGUCUUACUGAAGCUGGAGGACCAGGCUUAUAUUUUCCUGCAGAAUCCCCCUGGGUUGCCGAGUAUUGCAGUAACGUGGCUGGCCAGUCGAUUCUGCGGUGCUCAGUUUGUGAUAGACUGGCACAAUUAUGGUUACUCCAUCAUGGCGCUCUCUCUGGGGGAGAAGCAUCCCAUCGUUAAAGUGGCAAAAUGGUACGAGAAGUUUUUUGGCCGUUUCUCAGAUCAUAACCUGUGCGUCACCAAUGCUAUGAGACAUGACCUUCAAAAGAAUUGGAAUAUCAGGGCAACGACUUUAUAUGACAAGCCACCUUCAAUAUUUAGAGAAACACCUCUGCAUAUUCAGCAUGAGCUCUUCUUCAGACUGGCCAGUGCUUACCCUCCAUUCAGGGCAAGUGAUGAGAACAGCAGGCAGAAUGAAGAACAGACUGCCUUAACGGUGCUCAACACUAAAACAGGAGAGGUGACUUCGGUUGCUGGACGACCUGCACUGCUCAUCAGCAGCACCAGCUGGACUGAGGACGAGGACUUCUCAGUUCUACUAAAGGCCCUUGAAGAUUAUGAACGCUUCAUAGAAGCAAAAGAAAGUCUUCCAUCAAUAUUGUGCGUUAUCACAGGUAAAGGCCCUCUUAAGGAUCAUUAUAAGAAGAUAAUCGACUCUAAGAAUUUUAAACAUGUUAAAAUCUGCACUCCGUGGCUGGAAGCAGAGGAUUAUCCUCUUCUCCUGGGUUCUGCUGAUCUAGGAGUCUGUUUGCACACAUCCUCGAGUGGUCUUGACCUGCCAAUGAAGGUGGUCGACAUGUUUGGUUGUUGUCUGCCUGUUUGUGCCAUAGACUUCCAGUGCUUGGAUGAGCUGGUGAAACAUGAGGAAAAUGGCCUGAUCUUCAAGGACUCAUCAGAACUAUCUCAGCAGCUAAAGAUGCUGUUUUCAGACUUCCCUAACGAACAGGGUAAACUGAACCUCUUCAGAAACAACCUCAGAGAGAGCGGACAGCAGCGUUGGGACGAAAACUGGGACCACAACGUCCUGCCGCUAUUCAAGGAACACUGUGACUGACCAGCAGCAGAGCAGCUGCAGUACGGUCUUUGCACUCGCCACAAGCGGCAGUUUCGGUCAGGGAUUUGUACAGGGUAUACCAUUACUAUUACAAUGUCAAUGUACCUCUUUUGGGUCAUGAGCAUUCCAGCAAUUUAAUGGGAUAAGACUUGAAUAUAAGAGCAAAAAGCACAUUUUUUUUCCUUGUAAAUAAGAUGUAAAUAAGCACUUUAAUAACAAAAAAAGAGAUUUUGACAGAUCAGGUCAACUGAGUAUCUUGAGCAUUUCUAUGGUGGAGACUCGGGUGUAUGGGAAGACGUGUGUGACGGGAUGGGUAACGACGAGGUGUUUCAAUCCAGCCUUUUCUGUACAAGAAGAAACAAGAUUUUAAGUUUUAUUCAUGAACUAUUUUGAUGAAUGCCUGUUACUACUGCAAUAUUAUUAGAGCAUUAUUAGUGUUGAAAUGAAUAGAGACAUAUAAUGACAAUAAAUAAACUCACCUAGUUCA